AUGGAUUACGAAGCUCUCAAGGAGCAAUGGAGCGAGGUCGAGGAUCGCGAUGGCGUUCGCCUGAGUUGGAACGUGUUUCCUAGCUCUCGUAUGGAAGCAUCGCGCUUGGUCGUGCCGAUUGGGGCCAACUACACUCCUCUUAAAGAGAAGCCCGACACACCACUCCUUCAAUUCGAACCGGUCACUUGCAAGCAACCUUGCCGCUCCGUUCUCAACCCUUUCUGUUCCGUGGAUGUUAGAGCUCGCCUCUGGAUUUGCCCGUUCUGCCUGUCGCGGAACCCUCUCCCACCUCAUUACAAAGAUAUUACCGCCAAUGCGAUCCCCCCCGAACUUCACCCCUCCAACACGACGAUUGAGUACCGUCUGUCACGGCCGGCGCCAAGCCCUCCUAUCUUCCUCUAUGUUGUUGAUACCUGCCAAGAGGAUGACAGCUUGGCUGCGCUUAAGGAGUCGCUGGUCAUGAGCCUUAGUCUGCUACCCGAGAAUGCACUCGUUGGUUUAAUCACAUAUGGCACAAUGGCCCAAGUUCACGAAAUCGGCUACACUGAAUGCGCGAAAUCGUAUGUGUUCCGUGGUAGCAAGGACUACUCUGCGAAGCAGGUGCAGGAGAUGCUCGGCUUGCUCUCCCCGGCAAUGCGACCUGGCAUGCCCCAGCAACAGCCCGGAAGACCGAUGCCUGCCGGCCCUGCGUCGAGAUUUCUGCUGCCCGUUCAGCAGGCCGAGUUCCAGUUGACAAAAGCUUUGGAGCAGCUACAGAAGGAUCCAUGGCCUGUAGCCAACGAUCGCAGGAGUCUGCGCUGUUCUGGCGUCGCUCUUAGCGUCGCUGUAGGACUACUUGAGUCCUCAUUCCAGCACGCUGGUGGCCGCAUCAUGCUUUUCGCUGGUGGGCCGGCAACAGAGGGACCCGGCAUGGUAGUUGGCCCUGAGCUGAGAGAGCCCAUCCGAUCGCAUCACGACAUUGACCGUGACAACAUCAAGUACUACAAGAAGGCACUCAAGUUCUAUGAUAUCCUAGCCAAGAGGACCGCUCAUAACGGUCACAUUAUUGACAUAUUUGCGGGUUGUCUCGAUCAAGUCGGUCUCUUGGAGAUGAAGGGCCUCUGUAACUCCACCGGUGGCCAUAUGAUUUUAACAGACAGCUUCACCUCCUCUAUGUUCAGGCAAUCGUUCAUUCGCGUGUUCGAAAAGGAUGGCGACGACAACUUGCUCAUGGGCUUCAAUGCUACGCUCGAAGUACUCACCACCAAGGAAUUGAAGGUCACUGGACUGAUAGGCCAUGCCAUUUCACUCAACAAGAAAUCGACAUCGGUUGGAGAGACAGAAUGUGGUAUAGGCAACACAUGCUCAUGGAAGAUGUGCGGCAUUGACCCGAACGCGAGUUACGGCGUAUACUUCGAGAUCGCAAGUCAGGGAGGCCCCACGCAGCAUCAGCAAACGCCACAGAAGGGCAUGAUCCAAUUCCUUACCUACUACCAACACUCGUCCGGCCAAUUCCACCUAAGGGUUACAACAAUCGCCAGAAACCUUAGUGGCCCAGCUGGCGAUCCGGCUAUCGCGCAAUCGUUCGACCAGGAAGCUGCUGCUGUCCUCAUGUCCCGCAUUGCAGUGUUUAAGGCCGAAGUCGAUGACGGUCCGGAUGUCUUGCGAUGGGUUGACAGGAUGCUUAUCAGGCUCUGCUCCCGCUUUGCAGACUACCGGAAAGAUGACCCAUCUUCCUUCCGGCUCGAGAAGAACUUUACACUGUAUCCGCAGUUCAUGUUCCAUCUCCGAAGAAGUCAAUUCCUGCAGGUUUUCAAUAACUCCCCUGACGAGACAGCCUUCUAUCGCCAUGUUCUUAACCAUGAGGACGUAAGCAACUCGCUCAUCAUGAUCCAGCCCACGUUAGACUCAUACACGUUCGAUCAAGAGGGUGGCCAGCCUGUGUUGCUGGACUCCACUUCUAUUCAGCCCACCCAUAUCCUUCUUCUCGACACUUUCUUCCACAUUCUCAUUUUCCACGGUGAGACGGUCGCCGAGUGGCGCAAGGCGGGAUACCAGGACCAAGAGGGCUAUGAGAACUUUGCGUCUCUGCUCGAGCAGCCCAAGGAAGACGCAAAAGAUCUAAUCACCGACAGAUUCCCGCUGCCUCGAUUCAUUGUCUGUGAUGCUGGAGGUUCGCAAGCCAGAUUCCUCCUCUCUAAGCUCAACCCGUCGACCACCCAUACCACCGGAGCUUAUGGCGGCGUGGGGGCGCAAAACGCACAGACUAUCUUCACCGAUGACGUGUCUCUGCAAACCUUUAUGGACCAUCUCAUGAAGUAA